AUGAAGAGGGCCCUCGGAGCGGACGGGCCGCGGGUGCUCCGCCGCCACCGCUUUGCAUCACAAACGGACGGCGGUGGGCCCUUGAACACGGCGCCGCCGCCCCAGCGCCCCAACGCCCCAACGCCAGGCACAUUCCCCGCCAAGGCGCAACGCCGAUACAUGUACAAGGAGAGAGAGGAAACGAUGGGAGCCUUGAACAUAAACUCUUACAACAUA